AUGAUAACUAGAUUGAUUAAUAGAAACAACAAUAAUUUAAUAUCAACAUUAUCAAUAUUAAAGUUCAACAAUAAUCGUAUCAACAACAAAUUACAAACUUUAUACUACUCUACUACUACUACUACAACAACAAUGACUAGCCCAAAUUUUAAACAAAUAGUAUCAACACUCAAUAGUAUCACACCAUUAGAAUUGGCAGGUUCAUGGGAUAAUGUUGGUGUAUUGGUAGAACCAUCUACUGCAUCGAGUACAUUGAUCGUAGAUAGAAUAUUUUUAACCAAUGACCUCACCGAACCAGUAUUGGAUGAAGCGAUCAAUGCAAAGUGCAAUAUGAUCAUCUCUUAUCAUCCUCCUUUGUUUUCUCAAUUCAAAAGAAUUACUCAACAAGUAACUAGUCAAAGAAUUGCAAUCAAGGCAAUAGAAAAUCAAAUACCAAUCUAUUCUCCACAUUCAUCGUUGGAUGCAAUCAAUGGUGGUAUCAAUGAUUGGAUUGCUCGUUCUCUUUUGAAUCAUUAUUUAACCAAUGACAAUUCUUCUGCAUCACCAACCAAUAGUACAAUUAAACCUAUUCAACCUUCACAACUACCUUCUUCUUCUUCUUCUUCCUCUGAUUCUCAUAAAUUAACAAUCAAUUUCAAACUAGCCUUGUUGUCAGAAGAAUCACAAAAAGCAAAAGUAUCAAUGAUUAGUCAAUUAUCAAAUAUUUACGAGGGAUUGAGAGUAUCUGAUUAUGUAAUUGAAAUAACAACAAGUGAAAACAAAUUGGCACAACUUGUAAGAAUUAUCGAUUCAAACAGCUCUAUUGUUGAAUCUUGGAAUUGUAACCAACUUGUAUUGAAAUUCUCAAAUGACCUAGUUGGACAAGGUAGAAUCGUAACAUUUGAUGGACAAGGUCUAACUAUUGACCAAGCCAUAGACUGUGUCAAAAAGUUGUUUGACCUCAAAUAUGUCAGACUCGGAAGACCACUCAACGGAAAGGAAAAGAGAAUCAAAUCAAUUGCACUUUGUGCUGGUAGUGGUGCAUCUGUUAUCCUCUCUUCCAAGGUAGAUCUCUAUCUUACAGGUGAAUUGUCUCAUCACGAAAUAUUAGAAGCAUGUGCCAAGGGUAAUUAUGUAAUUGUUUGUGAUCACUCAAAUACAGAAAGAGGUUAUCUCAAAGAAUACAAAACCCUACUCGAAUCAAAAUUAAAUCAACCAAAUUUGGAAAUUAUUAUUUCAAAAUUGGAUUCUGAUCCACUUUCAAUUGUUUAG